UUUUUAUGAACUCAAGGUCGUUUCCUUUGGGAUGGCAACUUCUAUAAUCAAGUUGCACACGCUUUCAGGGGCUGGUGAUAAUGGCUCACCAUGUUAUUUGCUACAGGUCGACGAAUUUCACUGUCUUCUUGACUGUGGUUGGUCUGAGAAACUGGAUAGUGAAUAUGUGAAAGAGGUUUCAAAAUGGGCCAAACAUGUUGAUGCUGUUCUCCUUAGUCAUCAAAGUCUUAGACAUCUCGGCAUGCUCCCAUAUCUUGUUGGAACAUGUGGUCUUAACUGUCCAGUUUAUGCAACGACUCCUGUAUACAAAAUGGGACAAAUGUUUUUGUAUGACUUUUUCCAGUCAAGACAUGCUUCUGAGGACUUUAGUCACUACACGUUAGAUGAUGUUGAUUUGGCCUUUGAUCAUGUUCAGCAAGUUAAGUACCAGCAAACAAUCAGUCUUCAUGGUCGUGGCCAUGGGCUAUGCAUAACCCCACUUCCUUCUGGUCAUACACUUGGUGGAACAAUUUGGAAACUAGUGAAAGAAGAUACAAGUAUUGUCUAUGCUUUGGAUUUCAACCAUAAAAAAGAGAGACAUUUGAACGGGGCUACCUUCGAUGCAUGCAUUCGACCACACUUAUUAAUUAUGGAUGGUUCAAACACCUUAUAUACUCAGCCUAGGAGAAAAGAUCGUGAUGAAAACCUACGUCAGACAAUCCUGAGGACUUUAAGGCGCGGUGGAAAUGUACUUAUUGCUGUUGAUACUGCUGGACGAUGUCUUGAAGUAGCUCAUUUUUUGGAACAAUGUUGGUUAAACCAGG